AGCCAAUCCUGCGUGUCGCUCAUCACCCGGCAGAAACAAAAUAACGUCUCUAGCCGACUUAGCCAUAAAGAAGUCUAUUUUUGGGUCAUUGGGCUUUUUCUACAGAGGUUUAAGAUGCUGCCUACUGGAGAUGUGCAAGGCUGUCUUCGUAAACUGGAAACUCUCCUGCGGGUAAUAAAGUACCCAGGACAUGUCGACUACAGUGGCCUUUCAAAAGGAGAUCCCUUAGCUUUUCUACCAAUAGUGAGCUUCACCUUGACCUCCUUCUCUCCACCUUUUGCUGAGCAACUAGUGGAAGCCGGAUUGGAGCUGACUGGCAAAACGGACCUCAGAUUCACUGACACUCUUUAUAAGGUUUUACGAGAUAUCUUCCACUAUAAGCCCAUACUGUCCAAGCAGCAGUUCCUCCAGUGGGGUUUCUCUCAAAGAAAAAUCUCUGUCAUCUGUGACAUCAUUAACUUGGUCCUGCAGAGACAUAAUCAAAUGAAGAAGCCCAGAGUCAGAUAUCCUGCCUCAUACAAGGACGGCAGAAGAGAAGCUUAUCCAACACUGACUGAUUCGAACACUGUGUCCGACAGGCCAUUUGUGUUGAAUCAUAGAGAAAAUCCAUCUGUAUUUCCCCAAUCCUUUCGAAAGGAAGUAUUCUCCUCCCAUAAUGUUACCGAUGCCUCUCAUAAUGAAGUACAUGCUUCCAAUUCUGUUGAAAAUGGGAUUACAGAGCUGGCAGGAGGGGAGGAGGACAAGGAUGAUGUUCUACACUCCCCAGAGGUGGAAGGGAGGCUCUCAGCAUUGGACGCUCAACUGGGGAGUCUCCAUGUUGGGCUAGACAGGCUCAGUGCCCUGGAGAAACGCCUGGAGGAGCUUGAGAGUCGGAGUAACAAAGAUGAGAAUGAAGGACAGGUCAUCACCAUCUCCAGAGAGAGCUGGGAAAAUCUGAUGAGCAGAGUCCUGCUAUUGGAAACUAAACUGGAACUGAACAAUACACAGUCCCAUGUCCCACCGUCAUCUACCUCAUCUUAUUCUACCAGCACCAUGUCUGAUACGUCACAGGAGGAUCUGAAAGACAGGCUAGAGAGGAUCACCAACAUGCUGAAGAGUACCUCCAGUCUGCUGAAGAACACUGAAUCCUCCACAACACCCUGCAAAUAAAUGAUGAUAAAUGAUCCUCGUUAAAGUUCAUUAAUGUAAUACCACAUCACACUUUUCCAAUUCCUUAUUAAACCAUAAUUACUAACGUUCUCUACCUGUCAGCUUACUUUAUAGCUUUUCUAACAAGCUACUUUUAGACAAAACGUUACUCCUACAGGUGUUUAUAACUUAAGUCUCAAGGGAAAUUACUGUGAGGAAGAAAUACUGUCACCAGAGGAAAAUCCAUAUGAAAGGAGGAAGGCCUCUGCUGAGAGAACACUAGAUGAUUUGAUUUCCAUUGUGUUUGUCCUCCACAAUUAAAGGCUUUAUUCUUAAAACUGCAA